AUGUCACUGCUGGGAGUGCUGCACAACUAUAACCGAGGGAAUUACAAGCUCAAUCCGGUGAUUGUGCAGGAGGACGACUAUAACGUCUACUACGGCGGUAUAAGCAAUGGUCUGCUCUGGCCGGCGCUGCACAAUCUCGGCGAGUACAUUGUCAGCGAAUACGACGACCCAAAGGUAAUGCGUGAGCACUGGUGCGCUUAUGUUCGAGUAAAUUAUCAGUUUGCAAUCGAUGCUGUAAGAAACAGCCGACCACAGUUUUGA